AUGAGUAAAGAAAGAUCCAGUAGUCUUAUCUUUGCCAUAGACGAUACGAGUUCGAUGUCCGAUGAAAUCGCGCAAGUUAAAUUAAGAACAAUAGAAAUAUUCAACGCCGUGCUUGAGUCUAAUAGCUCUUUGAUCGGAAAUUUUUUGCUGGUUACAUUAAAUGAUCCUGGUGUCGUGUUACGCACAAUUACAACCAGUGAACAUGAAUUUAGGAGGGCCUUGGACGCUAUUGUUGUUGAUGGUGGUGGAGAUUGUCCCGAAAUGGCCUUAUCGGGGAUUGAAUUGGGCAUAGAUUCAAGUAAUCCGGAAUCAUUCCUAUAUGUUUUUACUGACGCCUCGGCGCUCGAUUAUACGAAGUAUGACAUCGUUUCAAAAAAGGCACUAAUGAAAGGGAUAGAGGUAACGUUUUUAUUGACGGGGAAUUGUGGUUGCGAAAGUUGUCCCGAUUAUAGAGUGUACAAUCGCUUGGCCGCUGCUACUGGUGGACAAGUAUUUCAUUUGGAUAAAUCAGAUGUUUCAGAGGUGUUGAAAUAUAUCAUUGACUCCAUUAAAAGCAAGAAUUGUUUAAUAGACCACAUUUUGCCGAAAGCAGAUGGUCGAGUUAUUAUGCACCAAAACGGCUUUGAUGAUACCUCCGAUGGUGUACUAUUUAUUGAAUUUGACUUAGUUCUCUGA